CUUUCUCAUCACAAUCGCCACAAGAUUCUCGGGGCAACUCCCAACCCAAAAGAUGGAGUUAAGUGCAGCGUCUUAUACUAAUAUUGUCAGCGUGCUAAUGACAGUGAUAGUGAUCUUACUCACAUGGAGAAUUUUGGAUUCGUUGUGGUUCAAACCAAAGAAGAUCGAGAAAUUUCUAAGAGCUCAAGGCCUGAAAGGCAACUCCUACAGAUUUAUGUUCGGAGACUCGAAAGAGAUAGCACAAAUGACACGCGAAGCCAAAUCUAAACCCAUCCAUCUCAAAGAUGAUAUCGCGCCUCGGGUUUUGCCCUUUGUUCAUAAAUCAGUUGCUGAUUAUGGUAAGAUUUGUUUUACAUGGAUGGGACCCAGACCUACGGUGCAAGUGACAGAACCCGCCAUGAUAAAAGAGAUAUUAGCUGAUUAUUAUAAAUUUCAGAAGUCGAGAGGAAAUCCAUUAUUUAGGAAGCUAAUGAAAGGGCUAGUAGAUGUUGAAGGUGAUCAAUGGGUCAAACACAGAAAAAUUAUCAAUCCUGCAUUCAACAUCGAGAAGCUCAAGCAAAUGAUACCUGCCUUCUAUACGAGUUGCGAUGAAAUGAUAAACAAAUGGAAAGACUUGCUUAUAAAAGAAAGCUCAUGCGAAGUUGAUGUCUGCCCUUAUAUCGAAACAAUGUCCAAUGAUGUAAUUUCACGUACAGCUUUUGGUAGUAGUUUUGAAGAAGGAAGAAAAAUAUUUGAACUUCUACACGAAAUGCUAGUGUUGAUUGUAAAGUCUAUACAGUCUGAUAUCUUUCCAGGAUCAAGGUUUUUGCCAACAAAACGCAACAAAAGGAUAAAAGAGAUUGACCAAAAAGUCAAAGAUUCGAUAAAGGGUAUUGUUAAUAAACGACUUGUUGCAAUGAAAGCAGGAGAAAAUAGUAACGAUGACCUUUUGGGAAUUCUUUUGAGAUCCAAUUAUGAAGAAAUUAAACAAGAUGGAAAUAAAAACUCCAGGCUAAGUAUCGAAGAAAUUAUCGAGGAAUGCAAGCUCUUUUAUGUUGCUGGACAAGAAACCACAAGAAAUUUACUGAUUUGGACUAUGGUUUUAUUGGGUCAACACACGAAUUGGCAAACUCGUGCUAGAGAUGAAGUUUUACAUCUUUUUAGGGACAAAAAACCGGAUUUUGAGGGGUUAAGUCAUCUAAAAGUGGUUAACAUGAUUUUCAAUGAAGUUUUAAGGCUAUAUCCAUCCGUGUCCUUCUUAGGACGUAUAAUACAUAAAGAAACCAAAUUAGGAGACAUAAUGUUGCCAGCUGGAACUCUUCUUCAUAUAAAUGUAUUGCUUUUACACUAUGAUCAUGAAAUAUGGGGUGAUGAUGUGAAGGAAUUCAAUCCUGAGAGAUUUUCUGAAGGGGUAUCAAAGGUGACAAAGGGACAAACAUGUUAUCUCCCAUUUGGAGGAGGUCCACGUAUAUGUAUUGGACAAAAUUUUGCUAUUUUGGAAGCAAAAAUGGCGCUUGCUAUGAUUCUACAACACUUCUGUUUUGAGAUCUCUCCAUCAUACUCACACGCCCCACAUCUUUUGGGCACUCUUCAACCGCAAUUUGGUGUUCAUUUGAUUUUGAACAAACUUUAGGUUGUUUUGUAUGAAUGUUUUGAUUUAUGUUAUAUGGUUGUAGCUUUUUAUAUGAUGUAUGCUCGUAAUGUUCGUGUUAUAUAAAAGAAUCAUGCCUCAUGCCUGAA